UGUAAAGAAACAUGUAGAUUCUUUUCACGACUCCUUCAAGGAUCUCAUGAACAUAUAGAGAAAUUUCAAGGGAAAACUGAGAAAAUUCCCCAAGACAACUGCUUUGGAAACUGAAGAAGGAAUACAUCCUGAACAUUUGGUUAAUAAAGUAUUAGAGAAGAACCAAGAAGAUGAUAAAGUUUUAUGUAAUGAUUUUAUAACAAGGCCAGCAGCAGAUUUUGAAAUGCCACGAAGGAGUUACUUGUUUUUGAAAAACCACAGAAGUAUAAUGCAUCUGUAUUAUGAGUUAGGCGCAACGUCAUACGAUAUUGAAGAACAGACCCUUGGUCAUUUAUUUUUACAUAGUAGACAUUUUGGAACCAUUGCGCAUCAGUAAUCAUUUAUUUCGUCCAUUUCUUGUAACAAAUGUAUCACCUAGAAGUUUUCAAAUGGUCGAAUAUUCAAAGCAAAGGUUGACCACUAGAAAUUUCGAAUGGUCAACCUUUGCUUUGAAUAUUCUCAUCUCGAACAAAUUUCAAUUUCCCUUGAGAGUUUGAGAUAGCAAAAGUAAACUUGAAGUGUCCUGAACGAAUCUUUGUUGCAUGGUUACAUGUGACAGGAGCCUCUAAAAGCGAGACAAAAUAAAUGUGCACCAUUUCAAGUUCACAAAGUCAAAGUGGGUAUAUUUGUGCGUGAUUUUGCUUUAAAGCAACGAAGGAGUAGCUGAAACCAGCAAAAAAAUGAUGACUCGAUGAUGCAAGAUAAUGGAUUUAUAAAGAAAGAUUUUUCAGAUGAAGAUGAGGAUCAGAGUAUGACAUUACAAUCAGUGUUUUGAUUGCUGUUGCGAAGGAGCAUGCUAGCCACAUGUCAUGACAACAAGACAAUGCUUUGUUUAAUUGGUUUCAGUCAGACAAUCAGUAAUCUUCCCUUUAUCGUGUUUUCUUGUUAAUAUCCUUAAAGUAGACGAAGAUUGCCCAAUCAUAUUCUUUCGAAUUAGAAAAUUAUAAUACGCCAUGCAUAUAUAUGUUUAUUCCUAUUAUAUUUGUCUGUCACCGUGAUAAGCUUGUUUUGUUCUAACUGCUGUGUAAUGUAAGAUAAGUCUGACGCAAAGCGCCGGCAAACUUCCAACUCCCUGUAGACAUCGGCAUAGAGACAUACCUACAGAAUUGGCAGCUUUUCAGUGAUUUGCAGCCUAAACAACAGGAGCAGGCAACAAUGUGCUAGGUCAUAUGCCUUGAAAUCUCUUCUUUUCGUCGCAAGAAUGUAUGGUCUUAUCCUCCACAACUUGCAGUCUUUCCUUUUAAAUGAGUUUGGGGAAGAUAUUUAUCAUCUCAUUCGCCGAGAAGCUGGCCUUCAAGAGUAUGUUUAUUGCGUGCACAAGCGAUAUCCAGACGACGAACUCAUGCAGCUCGCUGUCGCUGCCGCAAAAGUCACAGGCUGGUCCAAGGAAAAGAUUCUUCAUGGAAUGGGCUUGAAAUUCCCACGUGUUUGUGGCGAAUAUGGCUAUCAUAAAAUGCUGAAAACAGUUGGAAGAAAUCUCAAAGAAUUUGUUAAUGGUCUUGACUAUAUGCACGAUUGUCUGCGUUUCUCCUACCCCGGAAUGCGAACACCAAGUUUCUACUGCGAUGAAGAAACGGAAGAUGGACUAAGGCUCCACUAUCGCUCCAAGAGAAAUGGCUACACUUCUUAUGUAUGUGGCCAACUCGAGGAAAUGGCCUUGUAUCUUUUCAAUAUGAAUAUAACAGCCGAGGUUGAGGAGAAAGAAGAGAGUGCUGAAGGAACCCAUGCCGUUUUCAGACUCCACUUCUUGAACAGGGUGGAAGGAAGAAAGGUCUCCACUGGUGUAAAUGAUGUCUGCUCCACGAUCUCUACAGAGCUCAUUCUUGGAAUGUUUCCUUUUCAUCUGCUGUUUCGUGAAGAUAUGAAGAUGUUUGGAAUUGGUGAAUCUCUUGUCAAAGUGUUGCCAAACAUCCAGGACAAGUUUGUGGACGAAAUUUUCGUGUUAACUCGGCCAGCGAUUCCGUUCACGUGGGAAAGUAUUCGAUCUCAUCCGAACUGCGUUUUUGAGCUGAAUGCUCGUAUCCCUGUGGUGAACAACAGUGACGUCUAUGAAAACAGCGAGGGUGAAGAUGUAUGCUUUUUGCACUUGAAGGGGCAAAUGAAGUACGUGCCAACAUGGAACGCCUUCAUGUAUCUGGCAUCACCUGUUCUAGAAGACCUCGAUCACAUGUUCAAUAUUGGACUCUACCUCAACGAUCUUAGUUUGCACGAUGCAUCACGUGACCUCGUUCUCGUUGGCAAUCAGAAAUCUGCUGAACUGAAAAUUGCGCUUGAGCAGGAGCUGCAAAAAAGUGCAAUGCUUGAAGACAGUAUGAAGAAGCUCGAUGUCGAAAUGCAGAAAACAGACAAGCUGCUAUAUAAUAUGAUUCCUAAGUCAGUUGCAGACAGACUGCGUUCAGGGGACCUGGCAGUCAAUACAUGCGAGAAUUUCGAAAAUGCCAGCAUCUUGUUUAGUGACAUUGUUGGAUUUACUAAAAUCUGCUCACUUAUUCAACCAAUGCAAGUGGUCGAGCUACUGAAUUCAUUAUACACAACCUUCGACAAUCUAAGCGAAAAACAUUCUGUUUAUAAGGUAGAGACCGUUGGUGAUGCGUAUAUGGUUGUAAGCGGGGUACCAGAGCGAAUGAUGAACCAUGGAGAGCGCGUGGCUGAUAUGGCACUAGCAAUGCUUGAUGCUGUCUACCAUAUUCCUGAACCAUCGAAUACCAACGGGCAUCUAAAAAUACGCAUAGGAAUUCAUUCUGGCAGCGUCGUAGCUGGUGUGGUUGGUAUCAAAAUGCCGCGUUACUGUUUAUUUGGUGAUGCCGUCAAUACUGCGUCAAGGAUGGAAUCCCACUCAAUGGCCAUGUCAAUUCAUAUGAGUGAAACAACAAAAAAAGAACUUGAAGGCAAACAUUACGUCAUCCGUAGAAGGGGCAGCAUAAUGGUGAAGGGAAAAGGCUCAAUGCAAACAUAUUGGCUUAUGGGUAGAGGAAAACCUUUAACAGCAGUCUCUUGGCUGUCCCUUAAAGCCGUCGAGCAAUCCGCGGGCCUAAUCGAUAACAUGAUGAUGGACAUGACGCCGGUCUUCGAAGAAACUCUCGACGCUGAAGACAAUCCUCAACCAGCGAAAAAGAGGUUUGAAGAGCCGAGCAGCCAUAAUGGCGUUAAGAACGGUCAUCAUGGUGACAGCCAACAUGGCUGCAUGAAUAGCCAACAUGGCUGCAAUGACAAUGUUGAAGAACGGUCCAGUGACGACAAAGGCAAAGAACACUGGAAGGCUGAUGACAUGAAAACGAAAGAGGACCAAGUGGUGGACAACGUAAGUAGCACAUCAUCCAAUGAUGUUUCACAUUACUUGCAGCUGAAUGGAUCGAAAAGUCAUAUUUCUACAUCACAAACAGCCAAAGCUGUCAAAACCAACCGUGUUAAAAGUACUGCUUGUCAAUUGUUGUAGCGAAAUUUCAAGUGAGCUGGCGAUUUUGCCCCUCCCAAAUUUUCAAACUCGACAUUUUUCAGGAUUUGAAUUAGCUGGUAUUUCGUUUAACGUGAUUGUGGAAGAACAUGAGAACUUAACUCUAAUUCUGCUUGUAAAUAGAUGACUAAUUCGAUGAAAAACAUCGUUAAAGUAUAGGUGUAUUGUAAUUAUGAUAGUGGCUUCUCCGUAGGUAGUUAGAAUUUGUUUUUCUUAUUAUCAAUAUGACAUUAAUGAAGAAAGCCAAUUUGAGGUUUGGGUUCCAUGUAGAAACAGAUAUUGUACAAAAUACACAUGAAUUUCCUACUAUGCUUUGACUCUUCUAACUGCAGCCAGGAUCGUAUUCAGGUAGCGACUACAUUUACUUUUGGUUUUUGAUUUAUGUUUAAAUUUCAGUCUCGAUAUCUAUUUGUCGCUAUGAGAGGUUCCAAUAGGGACCCGGAUCCCGUUUCCCUGUCCUAUUUUCCCUGUCAAUUUUGUCCUUCAUUAGUCUUAAAUACUAAAAUUUGAUUUCAUACGCUGCUUUUUUACCAUCAGUUCCCAUUUUCCAUCAUUCAAGAUAUUCUAUCUCCCAAGAACUAUCCCUGGAAAAUCCAAAAGAUCCCAUUUCACCCUCUCAAUGUUUUCCGUUGCUCUAUCUUGAGCCAAAAACUUUCCUUCAUUUUGAAAAUGUAAUGUUAUUACGAACUGAUGUUUGAAAUUUACAUGGCUUGCUUAUAUUUAAAAACGAGAAUUUUUUUGCCCACUUUCGCUGCUUAAGUUACUAAAUAUGUUUAGGAUAUUUUUUGUUAUGUUCAUUUAUAGAAAAUAGUGAAUUUUAAUAGUUAAUUGUAUCUUGGAGUUUAUAAAUUAUAGUUUCUCUGGUGAGUAACCCACUCAGGUUAAAUUCUUUCAAGCCAUUCAUGAAGGUAAAUCUGGCAAAUGCCGGAGAAUGAUUCCUUUAAAUGUUAGUGGAUCUGAAGUGUAGUAAUUUUCCAAGUCAUUUUUGGGGCCGAUUAUCUUUUUCUCUUCAAAUGUCGAAUUUCCCGCUUUUUCGAGUUGAAUUUGCGAGUUA